UCCAAUCACCAGCCACCCACGUGUAUGAUAAUUUUUUUGAAAAAUGAGACGAACAAGUUAAAAUGAGACGGAAUAGUGCCCACUAGCCGAGGUCAUCAACCAUUCGAAGCAACAUAUACCGAACUCUGCUCCCUCUUAGAUUUGCACUCACCGGGAAAAAGGUACAAUUUGGUCCCUCAGAGAUCAUAACCAGAUCGAAUGAGAUAAGUGUCGGAUGCUACUUCUAUGGUGGGUGAACAACAAAUCCGACGACAAUGUUACUGUAAAGUAUAUAUCAGGAGAUCUCAUGCUAGUGAAACGCACAGUGCGCGAAAAGGAGGAGAUCAAGUGGAAAGCUGAUCGAGGCAAAAAUACGAGUCUCUCUAAUAACCUAGUGUAAAUUAACUGCCAGCAUCUUUCAACACAGCUCACCUUCUGCAGCUCCAUUCGCAUGAUGCGCAUGAUGAGGGCAGUCCUGCAGCUCAUUGUAGCAACGCUUUUCUGCUUAACCAGCACAGUCAUUGCAAACUUAGGUUGCCCGAACUGUGGUGCUACACAUGUGCCUUUCCCACUCAGCACUUCACCCACCUGUGGCCAUCCAUUAUAUAAGGUUCGGUGCACUAAAGGAACAUUAUGGUUCGAUACACUUAAUGGUUCGUCCUACGUCGCAAAGUCCAUUAAUCCACAGAUGCAACAGCUGGUAAUUCGCCCUCAAACCGUUGAUGGGAAUACAUGUAUCAACUCUGAUUUCCACGCUGGAGGAAUCUGGCUUGAUGAAAAGCUCCCCUUCAAUAUCAGCAGCCGGAAUACUAUUCUGAAAAUUAACUGUACAACUCUUGCUUAUGAUUCAACCAUGAACUGUUCCUCUAACAACAUAUGCUACAGGCAUGACUCUAUUUUCUUUACAUAUGUACCAGCAUGUUUCUAUUUACAAAUGAAGUCAGACUUUUCUUCUUUUAGGUAUAUAAAAGAAAACCAUGAGGUAGCAGCAAGAUGUGGUGAUACACAUGUAUGUUGCUCGUUUACGGGUGGGGGUUCCCAAAACGAUCAUAACGUGAAGAUAACGCCAGAAAAAUGUGCAGCAUACACGAGUUUCGUAGGAUUGCCAUUGGAUACUAUAAAGCCAGUAAGUAAGUGGCCAGAUCCAGGCGUAGAGAUUCAGUGGCUGCUGCCUCCGGAACCAGAUUGCUCGUCAAAUUGGGACUGCAAGAAGUUGCCAAAAUCUUCAUGUAUGCCUGAUGUUGCAAGUGGAAAGAGGCGGUGCCUGUGCAAAACACAAUAUCAGUGGGAUCCCAUUCAUGGAAUGUGCUCUAAAGUGACAUGUCAAACUAAAAAAUGUCGCGGAGAGAGAAUGCGAAAACACGUGGCCAAAGGUUUGAGUUACACAGGAGGUACAAUAGCAAUUUUAGGAUCCUUUGCAAUCCUUAUAUACAUCCAGAUCGAGCGAAUCAAGCGACAGGCCCAUGAAAGAUUAGUUCAAGAACGCAGACAGAUCUUAAAUGCAAACAAUACAAGUGGGAGAUCAGCUAAACUUUUCUCAGCAAAAGAGAUAAAAGGAGCAACAAAGAAUUUCUCGAAAGAAACUGUCCUUGGUUCAGGGGGAUUCGGUGAGGUUUACAAGGGUAAGUUAAAAGAUGGGACCGCUGUAGCUGUAAAAAGGGCAAAAUUUGGGAAUACAAAAGGUGAUGAUCAAUUGCUUAAUGAAGUUCGAGUUCUAUGCCAAGUAAACCAUCGGAAUUUGGUUAGGCUACUUGGAUGUUGUGUUGAGUUGGAGGAACCUGUUCUCGUGUACGAGUACAUCCCCAAUGGCACACUCUAUGAUCAACUACACGGCUCUGCUAAUAACGACAUAAAGAGGGCACCUCUAGAUUGGAAACAUAGAUUGGCUAUUGCUCGUCAGAUAGCUGAAGGCCUUGCGUAUCUUCACUUUUCUGCUGUUCCUCCUAUUAUACAUAGAGAUAUCAAAACAAGCAACAUCUUACUCGAUGACAGACUAGACGUCAAAAUCUCAGAUUUUGGCCUCUCAAGGCUAGUUGAUGUGGAGGCUACACAUAUGACCACUUGCGCUCAGGGAACUUUGGGGUAUCUUGAUCCUCAGUAUUAUAAGGACAUGCAAUUGUCCGAUAAAAGUGAUGUGUAUAGUUUUGGCGUAGUUGUGCUAGAGCUUCUUACUUCACGGAAAGCUAUUGAUUUUAACAGAGAGGUAGAAGAUGUAAGCCUUGUUUCGUACAUGAAGAAAAUGGGAAACAUACAGACGUUAAUGGAUGCAGUUGAUCCUUUUCUUAAGGAAGGAGCCACCAAAUUGGAGUUGGAAACUAUUGAAGCUAUAGCAAUUUUGGGGAUUAAGUGUGUGGGUGAUCACAGGAAAGAUCGUCCUUCUAUAAGAGAAGUCACGGAGGAGAUAGAGUAUAUGCUUCACAUCAUUGAAGACGAGGGUCACCUUGUAUCAUAAAUGAGUCACUUAUAUAGUUUCUUUGAAUAAUAAUGUUCUUCAAUUUUCAGCAAAGAACACUUGGCUCAAUCCAUUGCCUGGCUAAUAAAUUACAUUAUGGAUAAAUAUUUGGUCGGUGAAUGGAAAGAUAGGAAAGCAGCAAUGUCACAUAAGCAUACAUCAUUGAUAAGCGGGGGUUGUCGAGAGAGAGGGGCUCUGCCUUCUCUCUAGAAAACCCCAACCCUAGAAAGUUCCCCAAUUCAAAUUUUCAAGUCUUUCGCAUCCUAGAAUUAUCUUCAGUCCUGUUAUUUAUGUUGUGCAUGUACAUGUUAUGUUUUGAUGAUGAAAAUUAUAUAAUAUGUUAUAGUAUGAAAGUAUGUAACAGUUGCAACAGAUGCAUGAAGAAAGGAAUUAAUAAAUGAAGACUUUGAAGAAAAGAAGAAUCAA